GGACUACACCAUUGCUGGCUGUGGUGGCUGUGUUUCUAUAUAUUCUGACAUGAAUGGCUUGAUAUUAAUCGUGACAGUGUGCCAUGCAAAUUGGCAACGGAGACGACGAUCCUGAUCAGGCAACAGAAUAUCUAAACCUGACCUUAUGAUUAUCGGAUGACCAUCCUCCUCUAUACCGGAAACCCGAGUCAUUCAGAAUGGUUUAUGGGGGAAAGCCUAGUACCGGGUGCCAGAAUUGCCGUCAGAGACGGAUCAAAUGCGACGAGGCCCGUCCGCAUUGUAGGGCCUGUGUCCGGACUGGUCGGACUUGUCCCGGAUACCAGCAUCCACUAGAUGUCGCGCUAAGAGGGCAAACAGCCUUUCAGCGCAGGAAAAAGGGUGCCCCAGGCAAGCAGUCUCCUGCUUCAAAGGCAAUCGUGCCAGAGAGACCUUCGUCAUCGGAGGGCUCGAUAUCUACUAUCGUUGAUAUUUCCCGUACACCAGAGGCACCAGCCUCUUCGGUUUCACCAGUUUCGACCUCCAGUGACUCUAUUUCCAAUACACUAGAGAUUUCCCGGCUGGUUUCUCCGGUUCCACCGGCCACGACUUUCAAUGUCUCUAUUCCUCGCAGUAUCUACCCGCCUAUGGAGGAUACAGUGAUCCCAUUAUUUUUCAAUUCGUAUCUUUAUCUCCCCAAGGAUCCUCAAAUCAGCAAUGGCUUCCUGGAUCUCCUUCCUCAGUUCUAUUCUGAGACGCAAGCCGGGUCGUCUGUGCAUCUGAGCUUACUCGCAGUUUCUGCCUUUUCCGUGGCUGCUUGGACCGGCGAGCGAAAUUCACUCCAGUUGGCUGAGCACUCAUUUCUCAGAGCCCUUCGGAAGACGCGUGAAAUGUUACAGACAGAUAUUGAUGGGAAUUUGAACGAGAUUCUAUUAACUGUUCUUUUACUUUCAUUAUAUGAGGAUUUCGUCUCUAAACGAGAUCGACAAUUGCCUCCUCGAGAUCAUUUACGCGGAGCUAUUGCAUUGAUCAAUAGCAGGAGACCUGAACAAUUGGACUCGCCUUCGUGCAGAUUAUUGGCGGAUGGUGUUGAGCACGAAGUGAUCCGAACGUCAAUGGGUUUAGCCCACCCAAUGGUCCCAACACCAAAGGUCUGGCCACUCACUGCACCAAUAGCCCAGACAGCACCAGAACAAUUGCAGAUGGCCUCUUCCGGACUGGUGAAUCUCCGAUUAGCAUGGGAAUCACUCGCAUCAAGACCUCCGUUACAAAUAACCGAAUUUGAAAUCCUGCACCUUAUGUCACAAGCCCAAGAACUGGAUGCCAAACUUGUUAACUGGGUUCAUACCGUACCACCGAAUUGGCUCCCUAGUCCCGCCACUAUGAUACCCCAAUCCGUCCGCGUGGUGGGUGUUUUCAAUGAUCGAUGUGACUGCUACUCGGAUUUAUGGGUAGCAGCAACAUGGAACUCGUACCGCGACUCGCGAAUCGUGGUACAGAAGAUCAUCCUCAGCUGUCUACGCAUGCUCACCGACACUGGUACCCAACCUAUACCGUCCUCAAACCAGGACACCCUAACUUUGAAAACCACCGCCGAAGCCACCAUCCAAUCUCUCGCAAUGGACAUCUGCGCCUGCGUCCCCUUUCUUCUUGGCAGCCAGAUGGAAUCCGUCCAGUUGAACCCAUAUAAGGUCGAGUACCCCGAGGCAGAAGGGAGGCCAGUCACGCAUGGACAUCAGCAGACGGCGCCACUGCUGGGCGGGUGGUUUCUGAUAACGUUCUUGGGCAAUCUGUGUACGUCGGGGCUUUGCUUGAGUGAGGAGCAUUUGAUGUGGAUUCGGGGACAGAUGCAGAGGAUAUUGCAGAUCUACAAUUUUGGGGCUACUGCGCCUGUAUAGCUAACCUUUUUGGGAAUAUGUACAUGUCGACCCUGAAGGGGGGUUCGUUGAACAUAAUACAAUAAAAUAAUUCGUCGACUCAUCUCCUGAACACGAUAACACCAGUCAACAGUUUUCAUAUUUUCCCCUAUUCCCAAGACAAGAUACGCACCGUGUACAUGUGCAACCGACAGGAAACAGACUGCAAUUGCCACUACGAGUCAAAAUAGUCGCACAUGAGCGACC